AUGGCAAUGGGAAGAGAGAACUGCCACCAAAAAAUCAGGAAAGAAACUGGCUUUCAAGGGAGAUUCAAAGGAGAUGUAACCUCUUCUGUAGGAGCAAAGUCCAAAGGCACAGACGACAAAGUUCCUACAAUGUACAGAAGAGUCCUUGUACAACUAGGACUCAACAGUAUGAAAUCAGCAAAUGUAUGCAUAGGUCGACCAGUCUUGCUUACCAGCACAGAUGGAAAACAAGAGGUCUGCACUGCUUGGCCAAUUGCAGGCUUUCCAGGCGGGAAAGUUGGCCUAAGUGGAAUCACUCAGAAGAAUCUGCGCGUGAAACCUGGUGAUGCAGUCACAGUCCAGCCUGUGGUUGGUGCCGUGGUGCAGGCAGAAGAAGUAGAUGUGAAGCUGAGGGAGAAAGAUGCCUGUAUUAAUGUUGAAGAAUUGUCUGUCUGUCUUCUGAGAAAUCUAGAUGGGAAGAUAGUUUUGCCUGGCAACCUUUUGCAUCUCACCUUCUAUGGCAGAUCUUGCAACUUGAUGGUGACGAGGGUGAAAGGAACAGAUGGGGCACUACUAAAAAUGCAGAGCAGUACUGUUUUCAGUGAAACACAAGAACCAGUCCUUGAGAAGACUGACUUGGACACCAGUGCUUUAAACUUGUCUUUCCAGCUCAGAAAGUUGGACAUAGAAGACAACCAAGAGGGAGCAACGACCAGCACUCCAUGCAAGCUGAUGUCUCAAAGUUCACCAGUUACUUCAAAUGCUGCAGUGACAGAGAGUGAGCAGGAUUAUGGCCGGACACGUGAGUUCUGUGAUGAGGGGAAUGUUAGAGACAUUGAUGGUUCUGAGUCAACUGGAGAUGAAGACAGCGUGAAAUUGCUACCCACUGGCAAAAUUGGUGCAAAAUGCAAUUUGGAUACGUUUUACUUCAUUUCUUCGAGAACUAGAAUCAAUUUAAUCAAGAAUCGGACCAUUGCAACUGAAGAACAUGACUGUAAAUCUAACGUUACCUACGACAUGAUAGGUGGUUUAAGCAGCCAGCUAAAAACUAUUAGAGAAACAAUUGAACUGCCCUUGAAGCAGCCUGAAUUAUUUAAGAGUUACGGAAUUCCUCCUCCCAGAGGAGUGCUAUUGUAUGGCCCACCGGGUACUGGGAAGACCAUGAUUGCCAGAGCCGUUGCAAAUGAAGUGGGAGCCCAUGUUUCAGUUAUUAAUGGUCCUGAAAUUAUAAGCAAAUUUUAUGGUGAGACUGAAUCAAGAUUACGACAGAUAUUUGCUGAAGCCUCUCAACGUUGUCCGGCAAUUAUAUUUAUUGAUGAGCUGGAUGCACUCUGUCCAAAAAGAGAAGGGGCUCAGAAUGAAGUAGAAAAGAGAGUUGUGUCUUCAUUACUAACAUUGAUGGAUGGCAUUGGAUCGGAAGAUAGUGAAGGGCAACUUUUGGUACUUGGUGCUACAAACCGUCCGCAUGCCCUGGAUGCAGCAUUACGUAGACCUGGACGUUUUGAUAAAGAGAUAGAAAUCGGGGUCCCCAAUGCCCAGGACCGAUUAGACAUCCUCAGAAAACUUCUUUAUAAGGUUCCUCAUCUGUUGACUACAACAGAAUUGAUGCAGCUGGCUGAUAGUGCACAUGGCUACGUGGGAGCAGACUUAGCAGCCUUGUGUAAAGAAGCAGGUUUGUGUGCUUUGCGCAGAGCACUGGGAGAACAAACUAACCUGUUAGACAACGAGAUGGCUGGGUCAGUGAUGGUUACUCUCAAUGACUUCCUGCAGGGGAUGAAUGAUAUCAGGCCCAGCGCCAUGAGGGAGGUAGCUAUUGAUGUGCCAAAAGUGCUCUGGUCAGACAUAGGAGGACUGGAAACUGUCAAAUUGAAAUUGAAGCAGGCAGUGGAAUGGCCCCUCAAGCAUCCUGAAUCUUUCAUCCGCAUGGGUAUUCAGCCACCCAAAGGAGUACUGCUUUAUGGACCUCCGGGAUGCUCAAAAACAAUGAUAGCGAAAGCUUUGGCUAAUGAAAGUGGCCUCAACUUCUUGGCAGUGAAGGGACCUGAAUUGAUGAAUAAAUAUGUUGGUGAAUCUGAACGAGCAGUCAGAGAGAUCUUCAGGAAAGCCAGAGCUGUGUCACCUUCAGUCCUUUUCUUUGAUGAAAUAGAUGCCUUGGCCGUUGAAAGAGGGAGGUCUUCAGGUGCUGGGAAUGUAGCAGAUCGUGUCUUGGCUCAGCUGUUAACGGAAAUGGAUGGGAUAGAACAGUUAAAGGACGUGACAAUUUUGGCAGCUACAAACCGACCGGAUAUGAUCGACAAGGCUUUGAUGAGACCUGGACGAAUUGACAGGAUCAUCUAUGUGCCCUUGCCAGAUUCAGAAACUCGUAGAGAAAUAUUUAAACUUCAGUUUCGUUCCAUGCCUAUCAGUGAAGAAGUCUGCUUAGAGGAGCUUGUCCUGCAAACGCAGAAGUAUUCAGGAGCAGAGAUAACAGCAGUCUGUAGAGAAGCAGCCCUUUUAGCCCUGCAAGAAGAUAUACAAGCCAAAUGUAUUAUGGGACAACAUUUUCAACAUGCAUUAAGUAUUGUGACCCCUAGAAUUCCUGAGUCACUAAGGAAGUUUUAUGAAGAUUAUCAGGGGCAGAGUGGACUUCAUGCACUUUGAGAAAUGAAUAUAUAGGCGCGCGCGCGCGUGUGUGUGUGUGUGUAUAGAGAGAGAGAGAGAGUGGGAGGCUGAUUUCAAUUGUAUACAGUAAAUUUUCUUUUGUAAAGUUCUUGAGAGCUUAGGAAUUUUGUAUUGUAAAUGGCAUAUCUGAAAUGAACUCCACUGCACAAAUUUCAUAAUAGACAUCAAUUGGGAACUAUGUGAAUACAGUGGAAGUUGUUGGAAAUGUAGUUUAUAAUAAAAAUAUAUUAUCUGCAUUAUUAUAAUUCAGAUUUCUGGUUUAAAUCUGCACAUACAUAUCAGUCAGAGAGGGGGGAAGGACUCUUAAAUGAGUAAUUUUUAGACUGAUCCUUAGAUCAUUUCCUUGAAAAUAUUUGCAACAAGUGCCCCUACAGUCUUAAUCUUUGUGUGUCUGGUUGUCAGUUCCGCACCAAGGAGCCUCAUAAAGACUGGGAGUGGCAUGAAUACAUGCUGAAAAAUAUUCUGAAAUCUUUGAUUUAUGACAUCCCAAAAAGUUGCCAAACAGGCCUGCCAAACAUUCAGAUUUCUUCUCCUCCUCCCCCUCCCCUGGAAAAAAAAAAAAAAAAAAAGUUAAGGUGCUCCUAAUUGAUCACAGCACAAUGUUUAACUUCAGUCUUGGACAUCUUCCUUUUCCUUAUAUUAUAAGGUAGGAAUAUAAAUUACAUUUUUAAAAUACAACAUUAGGCUUAUUAUAAAGAUUGUGAAAAUGGACUGUUUCUAAUUCUUGGUCAUUUAUAACUAUUUCCAGAUGUCAAGGAAAAAAUGUUUUAAAUUUAAACCAUAAAUAUUAUGAGUGUCUUUUUGAUUGGAUAAAAUGUGUAUUUCUUACACAUAUAUGUAAAUUUUUCUCUUUAUAAUACAAUAUUUUUAUAUGUAAUUAUUUAGUCUACCAAGCACUGUACCUUGACUGAUAAAGGACAUAUUGUAAAAUGGGAAAAAGUUGAGAGAUGUUAAUUGUUUCAUGAUACAGGGCAUGCAAGACUUGAAAAAAUUUACAUUUAAACUAGACCACUAAAAAUCUUUGAUAUUUCCUAGAAAAUUCAAUGAAUAAAAAUAUCUAGUUGAAGGAACUGGUGCAAGUGGCCACAAACAUGUGGGGGUACAGAUACAGAUUUUUAAACUUAUUUCAUCACUGGUUUGUUUACACAAACCAUGGCAGGUUGUUUCUUGGACAUGUAUUCUUGUAAACAGACUGAUCAGGUAAAAUUACAUGAAGAGUUAUUUUUUGACAAUAAUAAAAAAUGAGCUAUUAUACCCCAGAUAUGAUUUGAAAGGCAGAUUGAUCAAAAGCAAUAAUUAGAAGGGGGAAAAGCCAAAUGGUAAUAAAAACUGAAAGGAUCUGACUUUUUCAACAGGUAAUUGCAUGAUUUGGCUAAUAUUUUUCAGAGUCGAAGAUAUCCCAAUCAUGCCGUUACCUGUUGAUGUCAAGUAAAAUAGUUUCAGGUUUUAUCUCCUUUUGGCUUAUUUUUUGUAUUUAUUGUUAGUUUUGAAGAAUUUGGCUUUCUAUGGUAGUUCUGUAACUGUUUGUGCCCACCCCUUCUGUACCUUUAAAGGAAUAGGCUUUUGACUCUGUUUAGACUAUUUCUUUGUUUUGUUCAGUUCCUCUCAUUCAGUAUAGCCCUUUAAAGGGAUACUCUCAUCUUUGAAAAUCAAACAUCUGCCUGCUUAUUAACUUACUCUUCCUGCAAGUUUCAGAUUUCUACAACUGAGAGAGAUUAGAGGAGGAAAAAAUUACGUCCUUUUUCUAUUUAAUGGUAUUUGCUGUAUUGAUCGUUUCAGAGUUUCUCCUGUGGUGUUUGUGUGUGUCUUCUGCACCAGACCAGAAGAGAGAGAAAAAUAAUUAAAUAGGAAAAUGGAAAAAUUGGCAGAAGGAUGCAGGGGCAGAUACAGAAAAUGAAAUUAGUUUUAACUCACUUUUUCUAAAGUGACUAUAAUUCAGGCUGAGGAUAUCCAAAACAUUUAUCAGAGCAAUUUAAAUCCUAGACAUUGUCAAACAUUCAGCAGUCAUACCGUUAUCCUUCUGAACUUUGUGUAUGUUUUACAGAAAGGAGCCAGUUAACUUACUCCUAAUCUAACACAGUUCACAAAUCUGACCCCUAAAUAUUACUCUGUUGAUGUGGACUUCAUUUCUUGGGAUGUGCUCAGAUAUCAUGGGAAUAUGGACCAAAAUAGACUGGGGGAAGAAACAUGAUGACAAGAGUUUGCAGCCCAUUCCAUAAUUGAGAUUCCCGUUGAUAACAGCGUGAUUCCCACUUCUUGCAAAGGCUGCAGAAUUGGAAUAUCAGGCAUUGGGGAAAGCAUAGGAUCUGGCACCCAGCCACCCACUGUGCCUGUGAAAAAUGUCCCUUAUUCUUUAUUAAAUGCACCAUCUUUCACUUCCCUCAUUGUACCACAUAUCUUGAUAUACAGCUAUAAGAAUUAAUAAAUGUUAAACUGGAAAUAUUUCUCUCUUUUUUUUUCUGGAUUUGUGGAAUAGAAAAAGCAAUUUAAGCUUUUUGUAACUUGCUUUUUUAAAAUAUGGCAAAUUAUCUGUUUUGCAACUAAAUAUCUUGUGGAAAAUGUAGGUAAAUUUAUGCCACUUGAAGACUUGCUUUAUCCUGAGAAAAGAUUGUCUGAGCUAUAAAGAAAUGUAUGAUCAUGCAUACCCAGUUCCUUAUGAAAGAUACAGUAAUCUAAUGUUAUAGCUGAACAUCAGCAUUGUACCAUCUAAUGAGAAUGCUGGAAAAAUAACAGGCACUUUGUGUUGGAAAGUAAUUUGGAAGAAAGAUCAUCAGUAACAAAAAACCUUCAUAGCCAUUUUGAAAGCGAUUUGGAAAAUACUUUGCCAAAACAGCUACAGGCAUGGCUUGAAUUUACAUGCCAGAGUACAUGAUCCUGUAGCAUGCGCAGUGCCCCAACUCUUGUUGGAGUUAAUAGAUGAGGAUGAUGUAGGAUAGAGCAUUCCAAAGAGAUUCUCUAUUAAUGAUUUGUUUUUAGAUUAUCAUUUUUAACACAAGAAAUUGAGAAAUAAACUUUUCACGUCAUACUUAACUCAACAUGUCAUUUCUUGGCAUUGCAGUAAUCUCUAAAUGGUAGGAGACCAUACACAUCUCAAUAUCCCCAUACCAAACAGUAAGAUAAAGAUGAAUUUUACCUUCAAAUCCGAAUAUUCUUGCUUCUAGUGGGUUACUCCUUUUCAUAUUGUUUGGAUAGUUUGUAUAAUUUAAUUUUCAUAAAUAUAGGUUUGGUGAACAAGAAAAACACACCAUGUAAAAAGUCAUAUCCCCUUCUAGAAAAGUAGUUUCAGUACUUAUAUCCUGACAUUCUUUAGGGCUAAGGCUUUUCUGUCCUUUUACCCUGCUCUAAUUAUCUUUUGGAGCUUAUCUUUGGCUCAGAUACUGUUUGAGUUGUGGCACUGUUAACAUUAAAUUGACUUUUCAGUGUUUCAGGCAAACUUUGUUUAAAUAUAAAAUUUAACUUUUACUUCCAAUAACAACAUCUUGCAAAUAGCAUAGAAUGUCUUCCAGCUGGUUUGCCAAAAAUGAACAAAAUGCUAAAAUGUCUUUAACUUAAUUUGAAAAGGAGUCCAAUCUUGCAUUUUUCCCUAAUGCAUAGAACAGAUUUUCACUGCAGCUACAAUCUACUGUUUCUUUUAAACUGUGAAAAAAAGAAUGUAGUGAAGUUGCAUUUUUGAAAAUCUUAUCAAAGUUUCCCAAACAAAUUGGCCAAGCUAAUGAGGGACAAAUUUAAAAGAUUUGGCUAAUUUUAUACAAACACAGCAAAUUUUGACACACAACUGAAUUUCCCACAGCUUUUAAGGGAACCAUUUAAUCCAGCCUUCUAUAUAAUCUUUGCGAUUACACACAAACUUUUAUUAAAUACUAUUUUUGCUAUGUCAUGACUAAAUAACUGAAUUCUGAUUAAUCUAAAAAUACAUUUUAUGUAAAUGCGGCAAAUUUCUAAAAUUAUUUCCUACUAUUAUUAUCUCCCUCACAUAGAGUCAUGGUCUAAAAUAGUCUCCUUUCUUAUUCAACUCUCUUUCAGAUCAUUUCAUAUCUUCACAUGACCAUUAUACUUCAUUCACAAUGCUAUAGUCAAUGGGACUAUACCACAGAUGAAUUUGGCCAGUAUAUUGAGUUCCUCAGAUGAAAAGUGUACAUAAUUGCAAAGUUUUAUUAUCAUGCACACGUUUUGAAAAUCUGUCUCAAAUAUAUUGUGCCUUUCUUUCUUGCAUUUUAAAACCCUAGCUUGAGUGCAUAAUCCUAAACUAUGUUUUCUUCUUUUCAAAUAACCAGAACAUCAGCUCAUGCCUUUAGUAGACACAGUCCUUUCCUGUACCAUCAUUCCGUACAAUCUCAGAAUUGGUGACAUGUGGAGGGUGAGAAGAGAAUGUGGUCUGAGUACUACUCUGAGCUGGCAUACUGGGCCCUUGGCAGCAUACCCAACUGACAUACACUAAAGCACCCCAAAAUUGCUCUACACUGCACUGAGAUCAGGUUGAGCAAGGAACCUGCCCAUGGGGAAAUGCAACUGAUCUUUUUAUUGUCCCCUUGCGUUCCUGCCUGUGCACAGCAGAUAUUGUGGGCAAUGGGCCUCCAUUUUAGAAUAUGAAAUUUAUGUUGUCACCAGCCAUUUUUAUAUCAUGUACUUCAAAACCUGCUCAUGCCUACCUCUUCUUUCUACCGUUGAUAUAGAAGAAACUAUUGUAAAUAAAAAAUAGCAAAACAUUUUAAAUGUUAAUGUAAAGUACAGACUGUUUCUUAAAGUCCUCUAUCUGAUGUAUAAAUUCAGAUAAAGAACCUUUGUGAGGUGGCAGAGAAAUGCAGAGUUGCAAUUCUUUUAAGUAGGUUCAGUUUUGAUUGGUAGUGUUAAUAUCGGGAAGACAAAUAAUGAUUGUUAGUGUUACAACUGAAACCAAGUUUUAAUCUUGGAUUUGUGUUUGCUGUCUCUGCAACUUCCAUUUAUUCAUUUAUUAAUCUUCACUUUAGGAAGCCAAAUCAUGCAUUUUCUGCAGGGAUUUUAUGCACAAUAGUUUAACUAGGGCAUUUUUUUCUAUACAGGUUUUAAUAUAUUGACUACAAAGUUCUACAAAAAGCUGAAGGAGAUGUGUGUUUUUCAAAUAAACCCUUCCACUGUACCAUUGCAGACUCAGUGUUGAUUUCAGUGUUUUUUAUAGUUGAAGUAGGGGCACUCCUGGUCAGCAUUUGCAUGACAGGUCACCCAUGAAAAUUAGUGUUAUAGGAGGUGCUACUGGUGAUUGAAUAGCGCUCUUCCCUUUGGACUAGUAUUGAGUCAGUCUCCCACAUGAUGUUAAGGUAUACUAUGCUGUUGGGAGCCCUUCAAAUGAACUAUGAAAAACCAAAGGACUGACCUUUCGCACUCAUUUAAAAACUGGCACUAAGAAAACGGGUGUUAACCGCAGUGUUUUCCCCAAUUUGUGUAAUUAUAUGCUGCCUAUCUAAGCAUUUUUUGGAAAGCUACUGUAUUCUUCUCUUCGCAUCAGAAACUGUGUUUAGCAGUUUCAGCCUCUCACUUCAUCACCAUUUUCAUUUCACUACUGGAUGAAACCAUAGCUGUGUGUGUGAAAGAGCUCUGGUACUCUCCAAGAUUAAAGAUGCUGACUGUGAGUUCAAGAUGUACUGACAGAGCUGGUAUCUGCAGCACUAGGACAUCCCAAUGCUAACGUAGGAGAUUUUGUGGUAGGUACUUUGAGGCUUUCCUAUGCUUGGUUGUAAGGAAUUCUAAAACGGGGCUUUGCAGGUGAAUGCAAUACAUUGUUAAAACAUUCGUUGGUAGAAUACUAUUUUUUUUUCAUGUGUACACUGUGCCUUUAAAUGGAAAGAUAUUGAAUUGUAGCAGUCACAAAAGCAAAAAAAGAUUCCUUAGAGAGAGAGGGAGAAAGAGAAUGUGUCGAGGCCUAUGGAUUCUGAAGUAGAUUAGCAAACAAACAAAUCCUUUAAUGUCAUGGAAUGCUUUCCCCAGCAUGAAUGGGGAUUAAUCUGCCGAACCAGCAAAUUCAGCAUUUGUACAGCAGAGAUAAUAAGCAGCUUCAAUAAAAAAAUAAUGUUGCAAAAGCAUUUUGGUGGUUUUUAUUAUUUUUGUUUUUGAUAAUCUGAACCUGUUAAUAUUGUGUGCUGUAAGGUAGUUACUAUGGUCCUAGCUUCUUCACCCAUACAAUCUAAGCAAACUCUGUUGCCACUAAUUUUUAAUUUAAGAAGCUCACUGACACUUAAUCCACAAAUACAUAACAACCCUAGCAUUUUCUUC